UGUCAACAAUUUUUAUUUUUUAAAUUUCUUUUCCCUUCCUCGAUUUCAUUAAUUAAUUGACUUUUGUAUGGAAAAUUACUUGAAGAAAUGCCUAUAGAAAUUACGCAAAUUCCCAGCGAUCACUCCGAUGAGGAUUUGGUGCCGACAAAUUACAACUGGCUGCGCUUCAAAUGGUUGUUCUGGAAGGAUUGCUAUAUGCAAUGGAAUACGCGUUGGGAGUUUCUUUUCGCCCUCUUGAUGCCCACCAUUUGCAGCCUCGUCGUGGUGAUUCUACGCUUCAACAUAUCAGCUGAGCAUAUUACUGCUUCACCGUUUGGCAUCGAAGAUACUAGCUCACAUUGGGAUCAGUUGCAAAAACUUGUGAAAUUGACACAAGAUGUAAUGGUGUUGAAUUUCGGCACUGAGGUAUACAGCAUAUAUGCGCCACGUAUUGCAAUCGCUUUUGCACCAAAUCUUUUUGCUAUUAGAAAUAUUAUGGAAAUUUCAAAGAGUUUUGGCAUAGAGAACACCGAAUUAGUGGCAUUAUCAACUUGUGAUGAGCUGCGUGAGAAAAUGGUAAUUGAGCACUAUUUGGCCGGUGUUUGCUUCAACGAAGAAAAUUUUCAAAUUGAAUCAGAAUCCAUUCAUAAAAUCGGCAUAUAUCCAAAUAGAUUGGAAUUUAAUAUUAUUUUCCCCAGUGAGUUGCGCAGCUAUAAGAAGUUUAUCGGGGAAACUUGGGAUACGAAACAAUUAUUUACGAAUUUUGCAAGGCAUUAUCGUACUAAAGGCUAUACACCAUAUCUUUCGGAAGGAUUCGUAACAAUACAGCAGGCUAUAUCGGAGGCAUAUAUUUAUCUAACUUGUAAUAAAUCAUUGCAUGAGGAAUUGUUCAUACGCAAGUUUCCGGUGGCGGAACACUACUAUGAUCCGCUGUCGGAGAAGAUGGAGACGCGUUUGUCUUUGGUUUUGACCAUUGCUUAUAUAUGCCCAAUUUUGUAUAUGUUGAAGAACCUCAUAAAUGAAAGAGAAUCAAAAUUGCAUUCUUUGCUCGCCACAAUGGAUGCCACUCAUUUUCUACAAUUUUACAGUUGGUUUGUUUUUUCACUGAUUUCAAUGUCAAUUGGUACCGCUAUAUUGCUGCUUAUGUUAAAAAUUCCUUGGAACAAGGGUUUCUGUAUAUUUACAAGAUCAAAUUAUUCCUGCCUCUUUGCCCUCUUCACUGCCUUCAACUUACACGUACUCAGUUUCUGCUAUAUGAUAUCGCGUGUAUUUGUAAAUCGUGACAUGGCUCUUUGUGCUGUGCCCGUCUUCUGGAUCAUAACAUACAUCCCCUUCGCCGUUGGACUGCACACCACAUCUCUGAGUGAUGCUAUACACCCGUACGUCUCGCUCUUUGGCAAUACCGCAUUUGCGCUGGCACUGCAGACAGUUUUCAAUCUACAGUAUCAAGAUGGCUUAAAUUGGACGAAUUUCUUCAAAAACGAAUUAUCUUACCGCAGUUUUAGUGUAGGCACUUAUGGGUUGUUUAUUUGCGUUGAAAGCGUGAUUCAGGUAUUUAUUGGCAUAUUUGCGCCAAUGCUUGGACAAGCUUUGAUGAGAUGCGUGAGAUGGACUAAACAACGAAAAUACAAUAUGCGCAUCGCUUCCGACCACAGUGGUUAUUCGAAAACUAUUGUAUGUGAGGUGCGUGCCAAUUAUAAGCCACCAGCAGUGGAGGUGAUCUCAUUAACAGUGGAAAUUGGCGAUAAAUUAAUACUAGAUGAUGUAUCCUUUAAUUUGUAUGAGGACGAAAUCACAAUGCUGAUGGGUCAUAAUGGUAGUGGCAAAACAACAUUGCUGCAGGUCAUUGCCGGCCUCAAAAGGGCUACCUUGGGCAAAGUAGUUUUUAAGGAGGAUAGUGAACGCAAGGAGUAUGGUCCUUCACGCGAUUUCGUUGGAAUUUGUUUCAAUGACACUUUGCUCUUUCAAAAUCUCUACCUUAGGCAUCAGUUGAUGUUGUUUGGUCGUUUGAAGUGUUUGAAAACCAUUGAACUAAACAGGGAGGUGAAUAAGUAUUUGGAGGCGUUGGAACUGGAAGAAGUACGCUAUACACUGACUGAGAAUCUAACUUGUGGCCAAAGGACAAAAUUGGCUGUUUGUUGUGCACUUAUUGGUGGUAGUAGAGUUGUUGUACUCGAUGAUGUAGUUUUGAAAUUGGACGUGUGCGAUUAUAAACUCAUUUGGAAGUUGCUGGAUCAAGAGAAAUUCGGACGUGUUAUAUUGGUGUCGACAAAUUUGAGCCGUGAGCCGGAAUUACAUGCUGAUAAUAUUCUUAUGCUGUCGCAGGGACGUUUGAAUGGUGGUGGAACUGCUCAGUUCCUUAGGUCAAUGUACUGCUUUGGAUGCCAUUUGCUCAUAUCAAAAUCCGAAAGCUGCAAAUCGGAAGAAGUAACAGAGCUCUUGAGCAAAUUCAUACCGGACAUUACCGCCGUCAGCGAUCUUGUUUUGGAACUGUCAUAUCACGUCGAAACGUCCAAUGUCGAGCUACUCGAAUCGAUGCUUAAAGCCUUGGAAGCCGCUAAAGACAAUCUGGGCAUAAUAAAUAUAACAAUUAUAGAGACACCAGUGGAAGAGCUCUUCUGUAAGCUUGCCGCCGAACGACCCGCAUAUGAUGAUCGCAAAUGCUAUUUGAGAAUUUUCAAUGGCCUAAAUUUCACAACACUCACGGACAAUCACAGCGCCGAGCCUUUAUUUAUGACAACAAAACUGCAAACUAACCUAAAUCUACACCAGAGACUGUUUAAUCAGUGGAAUGCAAGAUUUUAUAAAUUUUUUACUACCACACGAUCGUAUGCAAUUUAUUGGCCCAUAUUUAUAGUGUUGCCGAUAACGUGCCUCUUUCUGUGCGCUCUUAUUUUAGCGCCAAGUAUACAAGUUUUGCCAACUGUCGAAUUCGAUAUUAACGACUAUGAUGACGCCAUAACACUGCUCGACGUACGAACGGAGAAUAAACGUCUCUUAAAAUUCGUAGAAACAUAUACCAAGUACCUGUAUUGGAAGAACAGCAAUGUGAAGGUCAUACGCAUGAAUAAUACAUUAAUCAAUGAUUAUCUCUUGAGCGAACAGCGUGAUAAUCCACACAAGCAUUGGAACGUACGCAUUAUACUCGGCCUGACAGUGCGUAACCAUGUGACUGGUUGGUUUAACGGUUAUCUGCCACAAGUUGGUCCGCUUGUUUUGAAUCUCUUGCACAAUGUAUACCUGUGGCAACUACUGCAGACAACCAAUGCGAAAAUAUCGGCAAAUUUGGAAUUUUUGCCUAUAGAAAAUAAGGUGGAUAUCCAAGAGUUAUCUAGAAAUGGCUUAAAUAUGGGCAGCAGAACGGCUUUGCAUUUAUCUCUAAUUAUGUGCUAUCUGAUAUCGAUAAGGAUAAUCAUUUUGGUGAAGGAGCGUGGGAGCGGUUUCAGUAAUAUACAGCGUUUGGCUGGCUUGAAGAACUGCAACUUCUGGAUAACCAUGUUUACGUAUGACAUGAUUCAGAACUUUAUUGUUUUAUCUAUCUCCGUCAUUGUCGCCUGGAUGUUGCUACCGCCAUUUUAUGCGCCACCAAUAGUUUUUCGUUGGUGUUUCGGCUUAAUUUUGCUCGGCUCUGCCGCAUUGUCUUCAAGCAACUAUCUUUUAAGCACGCUAUUUUUUCAAAAUAAUCAUGGCGCUUAUUUUAAAAUUACUUCGCUACAAUCGAUCGGCAUGGUUGUAUUUGUGGUAUUUUCUAGAGGAUUUAAGCGCUUUGCAGAAAAAAUGGAUUUCUUGCCACGCAUUUUUCCCUUGUAUUCGCUUUGUAGAGGCAUUGAGAGUGUUUAUGAUUACAAUAUUUUAAAGAAAAUUUGCGAAUCGAAUACCAUAAAAACGUUAGAGAUGGCUUUACAAGGUUGCAAAAAAGUUCCCAAUUGUUGUGUGGAACCAAAACUCGAUACGGAAAAUGAUGUCAUGUGUUUAUGGAUAAUAAUCGCCAUCAGCUGGUUUGGCAUAUUUCUUAGCGAAUCUAGAGGUAUUUUUAUGCGCAACAUACCCUUGGACAACUACGAUCGGGCACUCGACGAGCACAAGCGUCGUCAUGCAAGCGAUUCGUACGAAGUCGAUGGCGUCACAGGCGAAGCCAUACACGUGCAAUCGUUGAGACCUCGUAUGCGUUAUUACUACAAUGUGAUCUGUGAAAAUUUGGGUUUGAUACGCAAGGGUCGCAUUUUAGUCGACCGAUUAACAUUCACCAUCAGACCCGGCGAAAGGUUUGGCAUUAUUGGCUCUAACUGUAACUACACUAAUGCGCUACUCAGCCUUAUCGCCGGUCAGGAUACACCGAGCUUUGGUCGUGUCUACAUCAACAACAUAUCAACGACAGAGGAACACAAUAAGGCACUUGCACACAUCGGCUAUGUGCCAAUCGUUAGUUGUGUAGAGCCGAUGCUCACAUGCCGUCAGGUUUUGAAAAUUUUCUGCAUACUCUAUGGCUAUCCACGCAAUCUGAUCAAUGAAAUCUGUGAAGAUUUUGCUAAUCGCUUCGGCUUGCAGUCACACUAUAAUGUGCGUAUGAGCGCCUGCAGCACGGGCAUAAGGGAGCGAGUUUCCUAUGCAAUUGCCAUUUUGAAGAAGCCAUCACUGAUUUGCAUUGGUAAUUUUAGUUGGAGUGUUGAUCCGGAGGGUAGGCGGCAAUUGUAUCGCCUCGUAGAUGGUCUACGCAAGCAAGGCACGGCUAUUGCCAUCACAUCCGUUGCGAAUUCGUAUACGGAAAUUCUUUGCACGAAAAUCGCCGUUAUGCAUGACGGCCUCUUCGUGCAUAUCGGUCGACCGGAGAAAAUCGCUACUGAGGUAGCGCCGGGCUAUUCAAUUUGGAUGCGUAUGAAGAAAUCAGUGCAGGCACCGGAGGGCGUUAUAUCGAAAGUGUAUUUUCGUUUAACUGCUUUUAUGGAGAAGACAUUUCCGAGCUCAAAUUUGGUGCAAGAGGGCGCUAUUAUGCACUACUAUAUACCACAUCACAGCACAACAUUUUCGAAGAUCUACAAAACUUUACGCUUGAAUUCCUUUCAGUUGAACAUCGAGAGCCUCUCCAUGAGUACAAUCAACAUGAAUUAUAUUGUCGAAGAGAUCACUGAGGAAGCAAAUAGACUAAAGUACGCUUGAGCCACCAAGCCGGUGGGCUGGUACUAAAGCUUUUUACACCAAUAUUCAUAGUUUUCUUGUUGAAUAAUAAUUACAAUCUUUUUCUUAAAGUUUUCUUAAUUACGUUUUGUUCUUCAUUUGCUGUUUUUAAAUCACAGAUGUGAAGUAUUUAUCCUUCAACCUGUGUUAAGCAUUUUCCCCCUCGAAUAAAUAAU